AUGAUGUUGAUGCUGGCUGAAGUUCUCAAACGUAGAAUAUCAUCAAAUGAAGUAAGAGACAAAUCCCUAAAAUUAUUUGAGGAAGGUAAGACAUCAUCAAAAUCAUUGUUUGCAUUUGAAUCUGAACUAAGAAAUAAUAAAGGAAAUGCUUUCUACUGCACAUAUUAUGCUGGUGAUCGAGGAGAACUUCCUAAUCUGCAAAUAAAAGAAACCGUCAAGAACUUAGAAAUAUGGGCUAAUAAAACCGGAUUCAAUGUCUCUCCUGAGAAAUCUAUUAUCUCAAUAUUUAAAAAAAAGAAAAAAGUCAAAGAACUCGAAAUUAAAUUAAAUGGCACCUUAUGCAAGGAAAACGAGGAAGAAUUCAAUCGCUUGUUUUUACACACCGAAGUUCGCUGGCUCUCCAAAGGUGCCUGCUUCAAUAUGUUUUGGAAUCUUUUCGAUUUUGUGCUUGAGUUUCUUGAAGAGAAAGAUGUAAAGCUCAAAGAUAGGUUGCUACUAUUUAAAAGCGAUGUUGCUUAUAUGAACGAUUUAUUCGCAAAGUUUAAUAGCAUUAAUUCGCAACUGCAAAGUGACGAGCUCAAUUUAAUAACGUCAAAAUCGGUUAUUUCUGCAUUCAAAAAAAAAUUGACUUUGUGGAAGACCAAUAUUGGUCGCAAAGAGUUGAGCCAGUUCCCAGUCUUGGCUGAUCUGCACAACAACAGUGAAAUAUCUUUCGACAACAUACAAGUUUACUGUCAACACCUCAAUUCUUUACAUAUUGACUUUUCAGAACGUUUUAAGUAUAUUUUGUCGUUGGAAGUUCCUCAAUGGGUCAUGAAUUCUUUUAUAAAUAUUGAAAUAGCAGAGAUACAAAUUCAAGAAGAACUAAUCGAACUUUCAACUAAUGAAACAUUGAAAUCCAGUUUCAAGGGUAGUGAUCGGCUCACGGAAUUUUGGCUUCAAACUAACAUAAUUCAUCAUUAUCCUGAACUGUGGACUCUCGUUAAAAAAAUUUUAAUAGCCUUUCCUUCCUCACACCUUGUUGAGCGAGGAUUCAGCACUGUAACAGAUUUAAUUACAAAAAAGAGGAAUCGACUCGAUAUUGUGACAAGAGGAGAUUUACGACUUAAGUUAACAAACAUCGAACCUAAUAUCAAAAAACUUGCUAAAAACCACCAAGUUCAACCAUCUCAUUGA